AUGCCUGAGCUGUACGUAGCACAUCCGGACUACGGUUUCGACCGUGACUUCAAAGGUUAUGGCGAGGCUGGGCUCCCAUUGAAAUGGCCAAACAACGCCAAGAUUGCUGUAUCAUUCGUGAUCAACUAUGAGGAGGGUGGCGAGCGCAGCGUUCUGAAAGGCGACGGCAUUUCAGAGCCAAAUCUGCGUGAAAACCCGGGCGGACCUCCGCGUAUCAAUGAGCGUAAUUAUAAUACCGAAUCGGAGUACGAGUAUGGCAGCAGAGCGGGUUUCUGGCGCCUGUUCCGGCUGUUUAACAAGUACAAGAUGAAAUUCACCUUGUAUGCCGUGGCGACGGCGCUUGAGGAGCAACCAGAGGUCGCCACGAGAUGUCUAGAGGAGAACCACGAGGUUGCAUCUCACGCUUACCGAUGGGUCGACUACCACGACUUCUCGGUAGAGAAGGAGACAGACUUCAUCAAGAAAGCUAUCACAUCACUCAAAUCACUAACAGGCUACGCACCAAAGGGCUGGUACUAUGGCCGGCCCAGCCCACAGUCGCGCGCGCUGGUGCCGAAAGUGUAUGAGGAGAUGGGAGAGGAGCUCGUCUGGUUCAGUGACACGUAUGCGGACGAUGUGCCAUAUUGGUCUGGAUUGCCUCACGAGAAGACAUUAUCGUCGCCCAAGGGCUUGCUCAUGCUUCCGUAUAGCUACGACUGUAAUGAUUUCAAGUUCCAUGUGGCUGGCUCCGGUUUCCGUGACCCGAACGGCUUCCUGGCGCACAUCAAGAACGCCUUUGAUGUGCUCUAUGAGGAAGGGGAGGAGGGCCAACCGAAGAUGAUGACUAUCGGUCUACACUGCCGUAUUAUCGGACGGCCGGGUAGAUUUGCGGCGCUGAAGGAGUUUGUUGACUACAUAUCUAAGAAGGAGGGAGUGUGGGUGGCCACCAGGACAGAGAUUGCGGAGUCAUUUAAGCAGCAGUACCCUUACAGGAAGGGUUUCUUGGCAUAG